AUGUAAUAAGAAUAAUAAAUAUUAGUGCAAUUAUUAUCAGCUUCCGAUAGGAUACCUGAACUGAUUUGUAAAUAUCUAUAAGAAGUCCCGUUUCUUAGAUAAUUUGAUUCAACUCAGGGUCAAGGAUUUAUGAAAAAAUUGGCAGCCUUAGUCUAAUUUAAGAUUUAUCAACAAGAUGAGAUUAUAUUAGAAUAAGGGAGACCUGUUAAUUCAUUAUACUUAUUUAUGUAUGGAUUAAUAGGAAAACAUCAAACGAAAAGAGAUAAAAACUACGAGAUUAUCCCAGAGAAAAAUGCUAUCGGUGAAAUUUAUUUUCUUACUCGUUAAGCGUGUAAGCAUUGGUUUUCAGCAUUGAAACCAUCAUUAAUUUGUUAUGUAACAAAAGACAAUUUCUAUAAAAUUGUGAAAAAGAAAAAUAUCACAAUGUCUUUAUUGAAUGAAUUACUAUAAUAUCCAUUUUUCUCAUAAUUGUCAAUAAGUUUCAUUGAAUAAAUAUGCUAAAAGAGUCAAACCGUAAAUUACAUCAAUCAUUAAAUUGUAUUUGAUAUUGAUCAAGAAGCAAAUAAUUGGUACAUUGUCUUGCAAGGAGAAUUCUAGGUAUUGUUCUAACAUUAGAAAAAAUUCUAUCCUCUGAUACUGUUGUCCUAAGGAGAUUACUUUGGAGAAAUAGAAAUUGUGUUGAAAUCUUUACGUCAAUAUAGAAUACAAUGUAUUAGCAAUGAAGCCAUUUUAUUGGAAAUAAAUAAACUAUCAUUCUCACAAUUGAUGAUCUAUGAUACCCAAUUUAAGAUUAUGAUCAAUCAAAACGUUUAGAAUAGGAUUAACUCUUAUGAUGAAAUCAUCAAACAAAAUAUCUCCACUUUAAGCAUUCCAUUAUCUAGUAGACGAAGUAGAUCCAAAAUGCACCUUAAAUCUAUACAUGUCAAAAUAAAAAGCACUGACACAUCAAUAGAACCGAAUGUUUAGGAAUUUUAGAGUGAGAGAGGGAAGGCUUUGCUAAAUUUGAUAGAAUCUAAAAUUGUUAAGAAAGAGAAUAAGAAAACCUUAUAUUAAAGACUGAGAGAAUAAGAUCCAAGAUUGCUUCAAUUUCUAGAAAAAAUGGAGGAAAUCAAGUAAUAAGAAUGA